AUGAUCCUGGAGGCAAAAGACAUCGCAGGCACUUCAACAUUGUCUUCCAGUUCAAACAAUGAAAAGGAGAGCAUGGACGCUAAGCGUCCUAUAGGAUGUUUGGAUAUGGGAGAAACCAGCAGUUCGCAGUCAGAAGUGUCCACCGAAACAGAGGAGGUCUGUGACCAGAAGGUCACAGGAAUUAAUCUUGAGCUUGAGAAGUUGAGGUGGCAUUUUGUGCUGACUAAACUGAAAUGUGAACAGGAGGAUAAGGAAAAGCAAAGGCUUCAUGAAGAGAGAAUGGAGCAGAUUCGUCAUCAGGCAGUAAAAGGAUCGGUCAGCGAAGGACUCCAAAACGUUCUCCAGCCCUCGAACCAAUAUGCCUUGUUCCUUUACUGCUUCAUCGUCUUUCAUGUUAUUUAUACUUUAAAGGAGCUGGUCUUCUACGUUUUCCAAACCCAUUACCUGUUCUGUUUUGCUAUUGUGUACUACAUUUUUAAAAUUAUUUUCCAAGAUUACAGAAAUAACAAUAAAUUUUCUUAAGAAAAGCUGCUUGUUCUACUCUUUUUGCCCCAUUUUUGCUGCUUUUUUUAUUAUCACUACGCCAAUCAUACAUGCAGGAUUUCAGUAUCAUUACAUGCCUAUUUAAGGAAAACCAACUGAUUUCCUGAAGAAAAUUGUCACUGAAUGGCAUCAUCUGGUUUCAUGCUGUCUCACCAACAUGUUUUGCAUCAUUCAGGAGCGUUCAUCUAUGCAAAUAAAGGUACACACAAUAAGAAAUCA